GUCAAUGACAGCACUACUUGUUGACUUGUAAAGAAGAACUGUACGGAUCUAUCACUAUAAUCGAAUUUUUAAUGGAUUUUUAAAAUGGACAAAGUGUGGUUUAGUUUAUUUGUGCUGUUUGUGUUGGUACCUUGUGUUUUGCCAGCAAGAUAUGUGCCUAAGUGGAAGAAGCAAGCUUGCGAGAUUCCCUCCUCCCAAACGGAACAUUCCCAUUACAUAUGCACAGACGACGGGGAAAUAAAAUGCUUACCCGGAUGGACUGGCGACCUAUGCGACGUUCCCAAAUGUCGACCGGGAUGCGAUCCAUUCCAAGGCUACUGCAACCGACCGGGUGAAUGUUUAUGCAGGCUUGGUUACUACGGAGAUAAGUGUAACAAAUGCAUCCCUCUACCAGGAUGUCAGCAUGGUUAUUGCAAUGUUAGUUUUGAGUGUAUCUGUAAGCCAGGCUGGGAUGGUUUAUUUUGUUCUGAACUGAUCCAGAGUAAAUGUCCCUUUUCAAAAAACUAUAACAAAAACAUGUAUAAAGUGGUACACCCACCUAAAGAAAUCCAAGGGAGUAAUAUCAAGGCCAGUCAGUCAUCCUAUUUUGGUAAAUUCUUUAUGAAGAAAAUAAAGCCACUUGUAGACCAGAUUGUCAUUCCACUAGAGGUUACUGCGAUGCUCCAGGAGACUGUAGAUGUCGUCUUGGAUGGGCAGGCAAAACAUGCCGCGAUUGUCAAGUCUUACCUGGAUGUCAAAAUGGGUACUGCGAUAAGCCGUUGGAGUGUAAAUCAAUCUGUUCCAAAACAUGUCACAAGGAAAGGGGUUAUUGUAGGAAACCUGGAGAAUGUAGUGUUGCCACAACACUUGCUUAUUUCCUUGGAUGUAGGCGUGCCUGCCUCGCGUAUGCUAAUACGAGAGAAGGAGACAACUAUGAUAUCGCAUUGUAAUAGAACGAGACAACAAGGCUACCGCCAAUCGUGCAAGGUAGGAUGGUUUGGUAAAAACUGUGAAAAGUGUUUCCCUUAUCCGGGAUGCGUAAAUGGAACCUGUCAUCGCCCUUGGGAGUGUAAUUGCAAAAAAGGAUGGGGAGGAAUGCUUUGCGAUGAAGAACUCAACCAUUGCGAAAACAAUCCAAACACAUGCAAAAAUGGUGCAAAAUGUAUCUCAAUGAUUAAAAGUGAAGGAAGUUAUCGAUGCCUCUGUAGAGAAGGUACUUUUGGAAGAAACUGUGAACUCUCCGAGUUAACAACAACUUUAAAGCCAAAACCAAACCAAAUGACUACAAAUGCAACAAUUUCGACAGUUAAUAUAACAUCUACCACUGCUACAAGUUCUACAACUACCACUACAACAACGGAAGGAAUGGUUUCUUCUACCGAAGUUACGGAGAUUCCAACUACUGAAUUAAAUGAUUUAGUAAUAAACAAUGAAACAAAAUAG